AUAUGUAAAGCUGCUUUGAAACAAUUACCAAUUGUAAAAGCGCUAUAUAAAUAAAUUUGACUUGACUUGACUUGACUUUAGCUAAACAGUAUGGUGUGAAAGGAGAAUGUGUGUUAACAGACAGUCUGGAGCACUUUCAUGUUGUUCAUGGGUACCCACCUGACAUCCUGCAUGACCUUUUGGAAGGGAUUGUUCCUGUUGAGCUAUCACUCUGCAUUUCAGACCUGAUUUCUAAGAAAUAUUUCAGCUUGGAAACACUGAACCAUGCUAUCAAAACAUUUGCAUAUGCCUUUAAUGACUCCACAGACCAGCCUCAGCCUAUUGCCCAUGGCUUCUCUACCAAAGGGACCAUAGGUGGAAAUGGCCAUGAGAACUGGGCUCUAAUCAGACUCCUCCCACUUCUUAUUGGUCAUAAAGUGCCUGAAGGAGACAAUGCAUGGAACAUUCUGUUGCUCCUCAAAGACAUUGUUGAGUUGGUGGUGGCAACAAAGCACACUGAAGAGUCAAUACAUUUUCUUGAUUGCAAAGUGUCAGAACACAGGGAACUGCUGCAAACUACAUUCCCUGAUUUCAGAUUACGCCCAAAACACCAUUUCAUUGAGCAUUAUCCUGAGAUGAUUAAGACAUUUGGUCCACUUUCGGAUGUCUGGACGAUGCGCUUUGAAGGAAAGCAUAAAUUCUUUAAACAAGUCAUUCGUAAUGCUCACAAUUUCAGGAAUGUAGCUCUUACACUUGCUGUAAAGCAUCAGAAAAUGAUGGCUUACUUUUUAGACUCAAGCUCAUUUUUUAAGCCCUCAGUCGAAAUGGACAAGGUUACUUCAUCAUCGAUCACAUCUUUCCCUGAGAAUGUCCAGCAAAUUUUCUGCCAGAGACUUCCUCAGCUUGCAUCAGUUCUUGUUGCAUCUUCUGUCUUUUUAGAUGGAAUAAGAUAUUGUGCUGAUAUGAUGCUCUCUGUUGGUACAUGCUCUGGCCUCCCUAAAUUCAAGCAGAUCAAAAAGAUUGUGGCAGUCAACUCAGAGAUCCUCUUUGUCUGCAAAGACAUGACUGCGUGGUACCAUGAGCAGUUCAGAUCAUUUGAGCUCUGUGACAGCACUAACCCCUCUCUGUCUGUGGUGCAACUAAAUGAGCUUAAUGAUGUUUUCCCUCUUCCAGCAUACAGAUUUAGAGACAAUUUCAUAGUGACCCUCAGGCGCUAUAUUCUGUGUUAAACAGCCAUGAGUGUUUCUGAUGCAGUCAUUCAUAGCCUAAAUGGUCACACUUCAGUUUGUUUUUUUUCAUAGUCCCAAACUGUUUCUUAAAUAUGCACUAUAUCUUUAAGAAAAAGAAUUUAUGUAAUUUAACCUUCCCCUAUACCUUAUUUUUAAUGUUUUGUUUGUUUGUUUGUUUUUUAGUGAUGGCAGACCAGAAGAUGACACUGAGGGUCAUUCUCACUGAGGCAGAUAUAAGAAAGGUCACACUGAAUAGGAGGCCAGCUACAGUGGAGGAAUUGAUAAGCAAUAUUAAAGAAUUGCUGGGACUUGAUUACAACUGCAGCCUCCAAUACAAAGAUCCUGACUUUAAUUACGAGCUAUGCAAUCUGUCAGAUAUUGCAGAUCUUCCCGAAAAACCAACAAUCAAAGUCAUCCCUGUACUUGAGCUGGUACCCGUCUCAGCAUCUGCAGAAAGCUUCGAUGACAACCAAAGUACAGGAGAUACAGAAAUUCUCUCACAAUCAUCGCAGGAGCGACAAACACAGUGGCCAGAGCUAUUUGAGGUCCCAAAUUUUUCUGUUGAUGUAGAAUAUAGACUCAGGCAAGCAAAUCUGUAUUUUAGGGAUGGAACACACCUUAAAGUAAUGAAAGAUCUUAAACACGAGAUCCUUGAAAGAUUGGCAGAGAGCAUGUAUGGCUUCACACCAUACCCAAACAAUGCUCAGUUUGAAAGUGUUGCAGCAGCACUGAUAAACAAGCACCCCUGUCUCCAGGAAAAAGGCUCAACCAGUCGCUGUACUGGUUGGAAGAAUAGUUUAAAAUAUAAAAUGGCUAACUACCGUUCAAAACGCAGACAAUCGGGAUGUCUUGAUGUUGCGGUAAAUGCUGGUAAGCGUGGAGGGCAUUCAACCCCAGGAGAACCAGCUAACAAAAAUAUAAAGAAGGCAAAGAAAGGUGAACUCAACUACUUGCCCAACUUUCCAGAUGGAAUUGAUCAGACAGGCCUCGAGGAUGCACGCAAAGUUUUGGUGGAUGAAAUGCAGAAAAGAACACCAAACGGACGACUUGUGAAAGAGAAGAUGGACCUUACGUUUGCACUAAGAAGAAAAGAAGUGGUGGAGUCCGAGCCUGCCAUAAGCCAGAUGGUAGAACGCUGGCCUGCUCUUUUUACAGAAGAUCAGGUUUUCUUGGAAUUCAACAGGAUUGUGGGAAAGAACCUCAAGCAGGAAUUCUAUGAAAGCAUUGAUCGACACAGUCUUCGUCUAAUUGAGAUCUUUCGAUCUAAGAGAGGGAAUGUUGGACAGCUGUUGAUGCAGCUUUUACAACAAACCAAGACUCAAGAGCCAACUGAUAUUAGGUCACUGGUGCUCAGGGGCUCCCGAUAGUACUUGGUGACAACCCCAUGGACUUCUUCAAGGCUUGCUUUGACUCUGAUGAUGAUCACUCAUUCCGCCACCUUGACUUUGGGAUCCUCCUUGUUGAGCAUGAAGGUGCUGUGCUCCCAUCUUCCCUUCAUCUCAAUCCAGCUUCAAUCAAGAUAAUCAUUGAGGGAGAAGUUGUGAUGGAAGGCAUUAAAGACUUGCCAAAAGCUGUGUGCAUUCUUUUUGGACUUGCAUACGCACUGCAUCUCAACUACCCCAAAUCACUGAAGAACACAUUCCAGUUCAUCCAACAAGUUCUUCUCAUGUUGGGCCACAGUGAACUAAAACCCAAGUUACAAACAUUGAAAAAUCAACUUACAAUUUGAUUUUCACAAAGGAACUGUGAGAAUCUAUCAUCGGAAGCCAUGGCUGUUUUUUUGCACAAUUUGAAUCUUUGAACUCUUGUUUGAAUUCUUGUUCGGAUUGUCCAGUCACUGCAGUAAGUGCUCUAAAGUUUACCAGUGUUCUGUGCUAAAAGUGUACUGGAUGUUUAAAAUGGCAUAUUGUUCCUCUGAUACAAGUUAAGUUGUCAAUUCAAAAGUUGUUAACGGUGAGUGUGCGGUGCGUGCAUGGGUGGGUGGGUGAGUGAGUGUGCGGUGCGUGGGUGAGUGUGCAGUGCGUGUGAGUGAGUAUGCGGUGCGUGAGUGUGCAGUGCGUGAGUCAGCGUGGUCUUUUUCUUUCAUUUUUAGAGUUGGUUUGAGGCUUGGCUCCAGUUUUAAUGCUUAUCCAGUUUAAUGCCUAUCUGCAUAUUUUUGAAUACUGUGUGUUCGUGUUCCUCUAAAACAUUUACAAUUGUUAACUACCAUCAGGGCUAAGCUAGUAUCAGAAACCAUGCCUGUUUUUUGUUCUCAAGAUGCACAAUGUGAAUCUUUGAACAGAUUCUUGUUCGGAUUGUCCAGUCCAGUAAGUGCUCUAACAUUUACCAGUGUUCUGCACUAAAAGUGUACUGUAUGUUAAAACUGCAUAUUGUUGCUCUAUUGAUACAAGUAACAGUUGUCAACUCAAAAGUUGUCAACAGUGUGCAGGAAUGUGUGCAUGUGUUGUCUUUUCACUUUAUUUUCAUCCAGUUUAAUGCUUGUCUGCAUAUUGUUGAAUAAUGUAUGUUCCUCUGAACAAUUAACAAUUAACAAGCAAAAAAAUAGGCAAGUUUGAGAAGUUGAGUACAUUGCAGUGUUACCUGUUUUUCAACAAUAAUAAAAAAAACAUGUUUGUUAAAA